CCUCAUGACAGGAAGGAGAAGACAGCCUGCAUAGAACACCAACUUGGUUUCUUUCCGUUUGGCAAAGAGACCAGCUAUCUGCAAACUUGUGACAAUUGGAAGAUGCCAUGACCAUCUUUCUCACGGUCCUGCUGCAUGUUGGGCUGUGUCUGGUCCUCAGGAUCCCUGCACUGGCAGGGGUCUUCUCUAAACCUACACUUAGAGCAGUUCCAAGAAAUGUGGUAACCAUUGGAAACCAGGUGACAUUCGUCUGUCAAGGGCCCUUAGAGGCCAAGGAAUAUCAUCUCUGCAAAGAAGGAAGUUCAGAAUGCUUGGCACCAACAACCCUUAUAGAAACUGAGAACGUGACCGAAUUCCUUAUCUCGUCAGUUGAGUGGAACAAUGCAGGCCUAUAUAGGUGUGAAUAUAAAAGGCCCAAUGGCAAAACAGAACACAGUGACUACAUGGAGCUGGUGGUGACAGGAGUUCACAACAGCAGUGUGACCCUGUCAGCCCUUCCCAGCCCAGUGGUGACCACAGGAGGAAAUGUGACCCUUAAAUGUGUGUCACAACAUGAAUAUAACAUGUUUAUUCUGAUGAAGGAAGAUGAGAGGUUCUCCCUGACUUUGUGCUCACAGAAUAUACUCACAGAAUUUGGAGCCCUGUUCACAGUGGGUCCUGUGACCCCCAAGCAGAGGUGGAGGUUCACAUGCUAUGGGUAUUACAAUAGCAGCUCCCAGAUGUGGUCAGUGCCCAGUAGUGUCUUAGAGCUUCUGGUCUCAGGGACCAUUCACAAACCCACCAUCUGGGCUCAUCCUGGCUCUGUGAUCACCUCAAGGAGUCCUGUUACCAUCUGGUGUCAGGCGACCCAAGAAACCCUCAUCUAUGUGAUAUAUAAAGAGGGAAGCCCGGGACCCUGGGACCAACAAGCCCCAAUACCCCACAACAAUAAGGCAAAACUCACCAUUCCAUCUGUGACACAAGUGCAGGCAGGCCGGUAUCACUGUUACACCUACACCUCUGCGGGAUGGUCACAGCGCAGUGACCACUUAGAGCUGGUGGUGACAGGAGUCUACAACAAACCCACCCUGUCAGCCAUGCAAAAUCCUGUUGUAAACGUAACAGGGUCUGUGACCCUCUCUUGUACCUCAAGCCAGAGAUAUGACUGGUUCAUUUUAACUAAGAAUGGUCAGAAGUUCUCCAUCCCUCAGAGCUCAAGACACACACACACUGGGAUGUUUCUGGCUGAGUUUCCAGUGGGUCCAGUGACAUCUACCCAGAGGUGGAGGUUCAGAUGCUAUGGCUAUUACACAAAUAACUCUCAGGUGUGGUCAGAAGGGAGCAAGGUCCUGGAGCUGCUGGUCUCAGGAAACCUCAAGAAACCCACCCUCUGGGCUGAACCAGGCUCUGUCAUCAGCACAGGGAAUCCCGUGACCAUCUGGUGUGAGGGGACCAACGAAACCCAAAUAUAUUUCCUGUAUAAAGAAGGAAGUCCAGCACCCUGGUUCCAUCAAACUCCAAAAGGUCCUGGCAAAAAGGUCAUGUUCUCCAUAACAUCCAUGGAAAAGCAUCAUGCAGGGCAAUAUCGCUGUUACUCUUAUGAAUCUACAGGGUGGACAGAGCACAGUGACUCCCUGGAGCUGGUGGUGACAGGUGUUUACCAUGGCAAACCUACUCUGUCAGCUUUGCCCAGCCCUGUGGUGACCUCAGGUGGGAAUGUGACCCUUCAGUGUGUCUCAUUCAAAGGAUAUGAUGGGUUCAUUUUGACUGGUGCAGAUCUGAAGUUCUCCAGGUUCCAAAAGGCACAGUUAUUACACACUGGACAGUCCCAGGCUCUGUUUCCUCUGAUCCUUGUGACAUCCAGCACACAUGGGCCCUUUCAAUGUUAUGGAAACUAUACAAAUACCACAAAUGUGUGGUCAGAGGCCAGUAACCUUCUGGAGAUACACGUCUCAGGGCUGUCAAGGAAGCCCACUUUGCUGACCCAAAAAGUCCCUGUCCUGGCCCCUGGAGAGAACCUGACACUCCAGUGUUCCUCUGAGAUAAGUUAUGACAGAUUUGCUCUGUUCAAAGAGGGAGGAAGUGACCUCACUCAAGUUUAUGUUCAUCAGCCCCAGGCUGGACAUUUUCAAGCCAGCUUCACCUUAGCCUCAGUGAAUUUCUCUAUUGGUGGUCGAUACAGAUGCCUUGGUGCACAGAGCUUCUCCUCUGAGUGGUCAGCCCCCAGUGACCCUCUAGACAUCAUGAUCACAGGAUACCUCCCUGUCACACCCAAUAUCUCAGUGCAUCCAGGCACUACUGUGUCCUCAGGAGAGAAUGUGACCCUGCUGUGUCAAUCAUCAGACCCAGUGGACACAUUCUUUCUGAUCAAGGAAGGUGCAGCCCAUCCCUACAUGCAACAAAGAACAAAGUCUCAAGAUCUACAAUAUGAGGCAGAAUUCUCCAUGAGUGCUAUGACCUCAGCCGUUGGGGGCUCUUACAUAUGUUUCGGUUCUAACAGCUCAUUCCCUUACCUGUUGUCAUACUCCAGUGUUCCUGUGGAGAUCAUAGUCUCAGGACUGGUAAGCUAUCAAAAGACCGUGAUCGGAGUUUCUGUGGCCUUCUUCCUACUGCUCUUCCUCCUCACCAUCUCCCUUCUGCUCACACUCAGGCAUCAGAAGAAAAACAGAAAGGGAGUUCAGGCAAAGACCGACUUGCAGCCUCCUGCAGAUUCAGUAAACAGGGACAAAAGACUGCAGAACAGCUCCAGCCCAACUCCUGCCACCCAGGAAGAAAUACUGUAUGCUAAUGUGAAGGUCACACAGCCUGCAACCAGCAUGGAGCUGGAUGUCCUGAGACAACAUGAGGAAGUUCCCUCCAAAGACUUGUAUGCCCAGGUGAAGCCCUCGAGACUCAGAAGGACAGAGAUCACCUCUUCUUCUCUCAUGCCAAAGGAAUUAUUGGCCUCAAAUGACACACAGUCAAAAGGAAAUCAAGUGAUAGAUGAGCAGGCAGCUACAACAGAGGAGCCACAUGAUGUGACCUAUGCCCAGCUCUGCAUUGUGACCUCGAGACAGGGACAUGUGAACCUCCCUUCUUCCAGGCAGAAAAGUCCAACCUGAGAACAUACUCUGGCCUCUACCAAUCCAGGGAGAUCCACACUCUGCAUUCUGUGGGAGAGGGAGGAUUCAGGGAUGCCAGAAAACAAGAUCUGUCUCAGGUGCAUAGUCAUAGCACAGACAUGACCAGUUUUUAGGAAAUCCUGAGAAAUUUGAGGACUCUGAUUCUGUUUGCCCUGCAUUUUAUAAAAAAGGCAAAUGCUUUGUUAGUGACCAAUGAAUAAAAUGAGGAGAGAAGAAAGGAAUGAAGAAAGUUUCGUUUUUUGUGUUGUCUUUUAGUUUUCAUUUUUGAGAUUGCACUAUAAUUACAGCAUUUUUCUUUUCCCUUCCUUCCUUUCAGACAUUUCCAUAGAUCCUUCUCUACUCUCCUUCAAAUUCAGGACAUCUUUUUCAUUGUUAACAUAUGUGCAUAUGAAGAUGCAUGUAAAACAUUUUAAACAUUUUUACCCUGAAUAUAUACCUUCUGUCAAUUAUAUCUCAAUAAAGCUGAAAUUUGAAUGA